UGACCCGUGUGCCAUGGCGGCCGCGGCCACCUCCUCCGCGCUCAAGCGCCUAGAUCUGCGCGACCCCGCGGCGCUUUUCGAGACGCACGGAACGGAGGAGAUCCGCGAGCUGGAGCGCCAGGUCCGGGCCGAGAUCGAGCACAAGAAAGAGGAGCUGCGGCAGAUGGUCGGCGAGCGGUACCGCGACCUGAUCGAGGCGGCCGACACCAUCGGCCAGAUGCGCCGCUGCGCCGAGGGGCUGCUGGACGCCGUGAGGGCCACCGACCAGUACUGCGCCCGCCUCCGCCAGACCGGCUCGGCCUCGCCCCGGCCACCGCGGGCCCCGCAGCCACAGCAGCCAUCCCAGGAGAAGUUCUACAGCAUGGCUGCCCAGAUCAAGCUGCUGUUAGAAAUUCCUGAGAAGAUCUGGAGCUCUAUGGAAGCCUCUCAGUAUCUCCAUGCCACACAGCUCUACCUGCUUUGCUGCCACCUUCACAGCCUGCUCCAGUUGGAUUCUUCUAGUUCCAGAUACAGCCCUGUCCUCUCCCGAUUUCCUAUACUGAUCCGGCAGGUGGCAGCAGCCAGCCACUUCCGGUCGACUAUUCUGCAUGAAAGCAAGAAGUUGCUCAAAUGCCAAGCUGUGUCUGACCAAGCUGUAGCCGAGGCCCUGUGCUCUAUAAUGCUCCUAGAAGAGAGUUCUCCUCGCCAAGCCCUCACAGACUUCCUGAUGGCCAGAAAGGCAACUAUUCAGAAACUUCUCAACCAGCCGCACCAUGGUGCUGGUGUCAAGGCUCAGAUUUGUUCAUUAGUGGAAUUGCUGGCCACCACUUUGAACCAAGCUUAUGCCCUUUUCUACACUUUACCAGAAGGUCUGCUGCCAGAUCCAUCCCUGCCAUGUGGCUUGCUCUUCUCUACUCUGGAGACCAUCACAGGCCAGCAUCCGACCGGAAAGGGUAUCAGUGUCCUGCAAGGAGAUAUGAAGCUCUGCAGCUGGUUCAAACACCUGCCGGCUUCCAUCGUCGAGUUCCAGCCAGUGCUUCGAACCCUCGCACAUCCCAUCAGCCCAGAAUACCUGAAAGACACGCUGCAGAAAUGGAUCCACAUGUGUAAUGAAGACAUCAAAAAUGGAAUCACCAACCUGCUUAUGUACGUGAAGAGCAUGAAGGGUCUCGCAGGGAUCCGGGAUGCCAUGUGGGAGUUACUUAACAACGAGUCCACCAGUCACAGCUGGGAUGUGGUAUGUCAGCGGCUCCUGGAGAAGCCACUCUUGUUCUGGGAAGACAUGAUGCAGCAGCUGUUCCUUGACCGAUUACAGACUCUGACAAAAGAAGGCUUUGACUCCAUCUCCACUAGCUCCAAAGAGCUCCUGGUUUCAGCUUUGCAGGAACUUGAAAGCAGCACCAGCAACUCCACUUCUAAUAAGCACAUCCACUUUGAGCAGAACAUGUCUCUUUUCCUCUGGUCCGAGAGUCCUAAUGACCUGCCUUCUGAUGCUGCCUGGGUCAACGUGGCAAACCGGGAUCAGUUUGCCAGUAGUGGCCUCUCCAUGAAAGCUCAAGCUGUUAGCCCUUAUGUGCGGACUUUCUGUUCUGCCCUGGAUUCUAAACUGAAAGUUAAACUGGAUGACCUCCUGGCUUACCUUCCCACUGGUGACUCAUCACGGCCCAAGGACAUUUCCCCCAUGCAGGCCAAGAACUCUGCCUUUGACCGGUACACAGAUGCUGGAACAGUGCAGGAAAUGCUGCAGACUCAGUCCAUGGCGUGCAUCAGGCACAUUGUGGACUGCAUACAGGUGGAGCUGCACAGCAUCGAAGGAGUGGUGCAAGGACAACAGGAUGUUCUCAGCAGUGUCAAGAUGCACUCGGUCCUUUUCAUGGCCAGGCUCUGCCAGUCCCUGGGAGAACUGUGCCCCCAUCUGAAGCAGUGUAUCAUGGGCAAAGCAGGAAGCUCUGAAAAACCAGCCAGGGAUUCUACGGUUCUGAAAAAACAGGAAAAGGGGAAAACGCAAGACAUCAUUCCUACACAGGCCAAGUGGCAGGAAGUAAAGGAAGUGCUCCUGCAGCAAAGUGUGAUGGGCUACCAGGUUUGGAGCGCGGCAGUUGUGAAAGUUUUGAUUCAUGGAUUCACCCAGUCAUUACUUUUAGAUGAUGCUGGCUCAGUCCUGGCCAUGGCCACCAACUGGGAUGAACUAGAAAUUCAGGAGGAGACAGAGUCUGGCAGCAGCAUCACAUCCAAGAUCCAACUCCCUAUACAGCCAUCCUGGUAUGUACAGUCCUUCCUGUUUAGCUUAUGCCAGGAAAUUAACCGGGUUGGAGGCCAUGCCUUACCAAAGGUGACACUGCAGGAGAUGCUGAAAAGCUGUGUGAUUCAAGUAGUAGCUGCCUAUGAGAAGCUUGCAGAAGAAAAACAGAAUAAGAAAGAAGGUGCAUUUCCGAUAACCCAGAAUCGGGCACUACAGCUACUUUAUGAUCUGCGUUAUCUCAACAUUGUUCUGACCACCAAGGGGGAAGAGACGAAGAGUAGCCGAAGCAAACCCGACUCCAGAAUUGAGAAAGUGACAGACCACCUGGAAGCACUCAUUGAUCCAUUUGACCUGGACGUUUUCACGCCACACCUCAACAGCAACCUAAACCACCUGGUGCAGCGGACUUCUGUUCUGUUUGGACUGGUGACUGGUACAGAUAAUCAGUCCACCCCCCGAAGCAGUACAUUCAACUCCCAAGAACCCCAUAACAUACUGCCACUGGCAUCAAGUCAGAUAAGGUUUGGACUUCUUCCACUGAGCAUGACAAGCACUCGAAAGGCUAAACCAACCAGCAGAAGCAUCGAAACAAAAGCCCAGGUUGUCAACCCGGCAUUCUCCAGAGCAGGCGACCCGAUGCAUCCUGGCUCCUUGUUCAGACACCUCGUCAGUGAGGAAGACGACACAUCUGUGCCUUCAUUAUUCAAACUUGGCUGGCUCUCUAGUAUGACUAAAUAACAUGGGAACAUAUCCAUCUUUCUCUAAAUAAAUACUACCACAUUAUUUCUUCUAA